AUGGCGUCUGGCAGCUGGUUGAGCAUACCGAAAGGGUCGCACUUCUCGUUGGCAAAUAUACCCUUUGGAAUCAUUACAACUCCACCUUCCAUCGAGAAGCAUGCGGCAAUUGCUAUCGGAGACCAUGUCUUGGACCUGCAUGAGUUUGCCAAUCACAAGGGGUUCGCAGAGCUUCAGGAUUUCCCUGCUGCUCAUCUCGCAACCUUCUCGCAGCCUUCGCUGAACGAUUUUGCUGCACUUGGCCAGGAUGUUCAUGCCAGGGUUCGCCAGUACCUCCAGGAAGUUUUUACUGCGGAAAGCGCAUUCCCUGGCGUUUUGAAAAAUAAUAAUGAAGCCCAAUGCGCGAGUCUCUUUAGGAACGAUCAAAUCGAACUGCACCUGCCUAUGAAGAUUGGAGGCUAUACCGAUUUCUUCGCAGGCAAGCAUCACGCACACAAUUGUGGUUGCAUAUUCAGAGACCCUGCAAGGGCUUUGCAGCCAAACUAUCUCCAACUCCCAGUCGCCUAUAACUCACGAGCUUCAUCGGUCGUGCUUUCAGGCACGCAUAUACACCGACCACUGGGACAAUUCUUGAGCACGCCGGGUACGGCCGAGUCCAGCUUUGGGCCCAGUCGCCGGCUCGACAUUGAGCUUGAGCUGGGCGCGCUGCUAUGUAAGGGCAACAAGCUCGGCGAGCCGAUCAAUGUCAAUCAUGCCGAGAACAAUAUCUUUGGCUUUGUCCUGCUGAACGAUUGGUCGGCUCGGGACAUACAAGCCUGGGAGGCAGUCCCCUUAGGCCCUUUCAAUGCGAAAACUUUUGCAACAAGCAUCAGUCCCUGGAUUGUGCUCAAAGGUGCUCUCGAACCGUUUCUUACAAUGGGGAUAUCGAACGAGACGAAGCUGCAUCCAUAUUUGCGGGAAGUGCGCAAGAGCAAUGUGUAUGACAUCAAGCUGGAAGUCGAGUUGAAAACAUCCAGCGGUGAAACGGCCCCUUUGUCGCGCACAAACGGCAGCAAUCUCGUAUAUUCCUUUGCACAGAUGAUCGCUCAUCACACAAUAGGAGGGUGCCCCCUAGAAGUUGGUGAUCUGAUAGGGUCAGGGACCAUCAGUGGCGUGGACCCUGGGACCCUGGGUUCCUUCCUUGAGGCUUCUGAAGGAGGCAAGCGGAGCUUUAAUGUAUCUCCGACGAUUCAGCGCACGUUCUUGGAGGAUGGAGACUGUGUUACCAUACGAGGAUGGUGUGGCGACGACGACUCAAACACUGUCGGGUUUGAUCCGCCGGAUGUGCCGUCUCCAGUAAAGCACGCCUGGGAUUUCCGGAAAUGCUUCAGCAUCUUUCACAAGAGCCAUUGUGUUGCAGGCUCGCAUGUGUUCUGCCUCGGCUGUGAUUCUCUUCAAAAGCCUCAUGGUUUCGGAUUCUUCCUGGGGUCGAGAGAGCGAGCGGAAGCUGUCCAACACCUGCCAGCCAUGAGCACCAAAACUCCAGAGGCACUGCUGGUUGCAGCAGCCAAGGUCCGAUCAAUAGCCUUCCUUGGAGGGACACCUAAUUCGCUCUCGAGCUGGAUGGUGCUUUGUGGUGGAGUUAUCAUCUUGUUCCUCAUCCUGUGGCUGUCCGAUAGCACGGAUGUACCUUUCAUUCAACACCUCCCCUCCAUCCCCGGCCUUCCGAUAGUGGGAAAUCUUGUUCAGCUGGGCAAUGAACAGCCAAGGCGUUUGGCAGAAUUGUCCAAAAAGUAUGGACCGGUUUUUCAGAUCAGGCUCGGAAACAAGGUAAGCCGUCCCUACUACAUGUUGAUCUUUCAAUCCAUCAAGCAACUUUGGAUCAACAAUCAAUCGAGCCUGAUAUCCCGGCCUACGCUACACACAUUUCACAACGUCCUGUCAUCCUCGCAAGGCUUCACUAUCGGCACCUCACCAUGGGACGAAUCUUGCAAGCGACGACGGAAGGCCGCUGCCGCUGCAUUGAACAGGCCUUCCGUUGUAUCUUACAUGCCUUUUGCCGACCUAGAGUCUUAUGUUAGUAUCAAAGAGCUUGUGCAGCAACUUGACGACGACAGUAACACACAAGUGGACCUGGACCCAUAUCCGUUGUUCCAACGACUCGCCCUGAACCUGAGCUUGACUCUAGGCUAUGGAUUUCGCAUUGACGGUUCCGUGGAUAACGAGCUCCUGCGCGAGAUCAUCACGGUAGAACGCGGGAUCAGUACCCUUCGCAGCACAAGCAAUAACUGGCAGGACUUUGUUCCCUUGUUGAGGAUCUUGUCCCGAAAAACAAACGAAGCUUCCGUCCUUCGACACCGGCGAGAUGUUUAUCUUGAACACCUCUUAGAGAGACUCAAGGAUAGAAUAGCGAUGGGGACUCAUAUGCCUUGCAUCACAGGCAAUAUCCUGCAAGAUCCCGAAUGCAAGCUCAGCCACGCGGAGAUAAACUCAAUCUGCGUGACUAUGAUUGCAGGGGGCCUGGACACAACGCCGGCUUGCAUCUUACUCGGUGUGGCCAUCCUUUCAGGCCCUCAGGGUGCAUCGCUCCAGGUGAGGCUACUGGAUGACAUUCAGAAAAUGUAUCCAGAAGGAGAUGCGUGGGGAAAAUGCUUGGAGGAAGAGAAGUGCGAGUAUAUGAAAGCCUUCUGCAAAGAGGUCCUCCGCUUCUGGACCGUCAUUCCCAUGUCUCUGCCACGUGUAAGCAUCAAAGACAUCGUGUGGCAAGGUGCGACUAUACCCGCUGGCACUACAUUCCUUAUGAACGCUUGGGCGGCAGACUAUGAUCCAGACCAUUUCAAGUGUCCCCAUGAAUUCAACCCAGAACGGUUUCUGAACGUUCCAGAGGGCUCGGGCACGCAACACUUUGCCUUUGGAGCUGGCUCGCGCAUGUGUACUGGCUCACACUUGGCAUACCGGGAGAUGUACAUCACCUUCAUUCGCAUAAUCAUUGCGCUCGAAGUGUUGCCGGCCAAGCAGCCCAACGAAAGACCAAUUUUGACGGGUCCUCUCGAGUGCAACGCCAAUCCAUCGGGGUUGUCCAUUGAACCAAAGGCCUUCAAAAUCGGUUUCCGCGUGCGCGACAGAGAUCGCCUUGAGAAAUGGUUCGAGCAAUCCGUCAACGCAACAAAACAUAUCGAAAGAUAG